AUGACCUCGACGUCCGAUCCGGCCCACAUCGUGGCUGAAGCCGACGUACGCGCGUCGCUGGACAACUCGCGCAGCAGCGACGAGAAGGCCGUCGACGAGAAGAAGAACAUCACCGCCGCGGUUGACGAAGACAUCGAAGUCGUUGCUGUCUAUCAGGAUGGCGACGAGAUCCGCGAGUCGGACUACACGGAAGAGCAGUACAAGAAGUUGCUGCGGAAGAUCGACAGGUACCUGCUGCCGCUGAUGUGGUUCUGCUACGGCAUCCAGCAGACGGAUAAGACAUCGCUCAGCACGCAGGCCAUCUUCGGCCUGCGCGAGGACACUGGCCUUGUGGGGCAGCAGUACUCAUGGCUGACUACCAUCUUCUACAUUGCCUAUCUUUGCGGAGAGUUCCCAUCCAACUUCCUGUUGCAGCGCUGGGCUCUGGGCCGGUCGCUCAGCAUAUACAUGCUUUGCUGGGGCGUCUGUGUCAUCAGCAUCGCCGCCGCGCAGAACUGGUCCCAGCUUAUGGCCAUCCGUGCGCUCCAGGGCUUCUUCGAGUGCACAAUCUCUCCGGGGUUCGUGCUCGUCGUUGGCUCAUGGUAUCGCAGAGAGGAGCACUCCUCACGCGCUCUGUUUUGGCAAUCGGCCAACGCCGGCUUCGGUAUCAUCGCCAACUUGGUCAUGUAUGGCAUCGGCUCGCACGCCGAGAAGUACGGUGGCCUGGCACCCUGGCGCUGCAUAUCGCUUUUCUUGGGCGGCACCACCAUCGUGUUGUCGUUGAUCUGCUUCGGCCUGCUCGGAAGCCCGAAGGAGGUGCGGUGGAUGACCAAAGAGGAGAAGCGAAUGGCCGCUGCUCGCAUCCUUAAGAAUAAGGCUGGUCGUGACGUCACUGGCGUCAAGUGGUCGUGGCCACAGGUUGGAGAGGCUUUCCGUGAUCCGCAACUGUGGUUCAGCAUGAUCAACGCCUUCCUUUCCUCCGUGCCCAACGGCGCUUUGACAACCUUCGGAGGAAUCAUGUACAAGUCCUUCGGCUUUGAGGAACUCCAAGUCCUCCUGAUUGAGAUCCCGCGCUCCGUGGCAUCCCUGGUCAUCUUCGUGAUUGUCGGCAUUUACACGCGCAAAGUGGCCAACCGCCGCAUGUACAUCAUGGCCGCUGCCACAAUCCCGCCUUUCAUCGGCAUGCUCGCCAUGGCGCUGCUACCCAACACGUACGAGAACCGGUGGGUUAAAUGGGGCAUGUACUUCAUGACCGUACCCUUUGUGCUCUCCCUCUUCCUGGCUUGGACAUUAAUCCCCUCCAACGUCGCCGGCCGCACGAAGAAGACCAUCAUCUCGUCGGCCACCUUCCUCGGCUACUGCGUCGGCAACAUGUGCGGCUCGCAGAUCUUCAAGGCCAAGGACGCGCCGCGCUACAUCCCCGGCACCAUCGGCGCCUCCAUCGCCCUCGGCGCCGAGUUCGUCCUCAUCUGCGCCUGGCGCAUCUACUACGUCUGGCAGAACGCCAAGCGCGACCGCCUCGCCCGCGAGAGCGGCGUGAGCGCCGAGGAGCAGGAGACGGUUGGCAGGGAGAUGGGCGAGCGCGACGUCACCGAUUUGGGAAACCCGCAUUUCAGGUACACGACGUGA